ACAUAUUGAACGUUUACAGAAGGAAGAAACAGUUGAUGGCUGAGGAUGGCAAAUAAUAAUAGGAGACACGUCGGGGUCGGGGGCUAGGGUUUAUUAUGGAUGAUGUAGAAUCAUUGUUUGACCUCCAUACUAUCAAGAAUAAUGACAAAAUUUACAUGCGUUGAAGCGAAAAGUAAAAGCACGUUGUGGAUUUUUGUUGGGUGGCUACUAGAUCCCUCUCCGAUAGCAUAUUGCUCCCCUUCUUCUCCUAUGCACAGGUUAUCGUGCUGCCGCAGUUCUAGACCUGUUUUACCUACUCACGUACUUUAUGUGGCCACAACGAUAAUGGGCCACGUACCAAAAAUAUCAUCUUAUUGGAAGAUACGAAGAUGAUGAGUGCAUUUACGGAAUCUAAAUUUAUCCAAGAAAAAGGAUGCUUUGAUUACAGAGGGGCGACAAUGAGUAGAUCUCCUAUCAUAUUGCAUCUGCAAUUUUUUUUCGUACCGAACAUCUGCUACUAACACUACCCACUUUUUUUGCUGUACCAACUUUAUUAUAUUCCAAGAAUAGUAGCAUUUUUUUACAAUGGGAAAUUUAUUCCUGCAUGUAUACGAACAGACCGGACGAGGGAUGACAAUGAUAAGCACUACACCUUCUUUACGAA